CGGAGCUGGGGAGUUUUGAGACGAUUGAAGUGAGCGAGGGUUGGCGUGGGAUUCUGCCGCAGCAAACAACGAACCCUUUUGGCGCCUUCACGAAACAAAAUCCGAGUUACCAACCUUGUCUACUUGUGAUUCUUCAUAUAUAUGCGCAGUGUUCAAAUAUCGCCUGAGUUCAAUUCGCCCUCACCAGCCCAGCAAAGGGUUGCCACUCUACGCGUCAAGCAAGCAUCAACGACGAGCCACGACGCGUGUGGGCGGAGCGCCGCUGAAUUUCUUGUCCCCACCUCCAACUGGCCCGCCGCCAUCGAACGAAGGACGGAGCUUCCAGUGGUGGUGACAGCUAGAAAACUUCAGCCUCAUAUUCUAUAACCACGACGGCCCAAUUAUCGCCCUGGACCUUUUCUCAACUAGUAGGCGCAAAUACCACAUACCGCCGACAUAUAGCCACCGACCUCGUCGCCGCCAUGCCCCGCAAAAGCGACGCCGCUGCGGCCGCGCGCAAGAGCGACGCCUCGGCAGCCAAGUUUGUGCUCGCCGACAACGACGGAGACGCACCUGUUGCCGCCCCUCCCGCCGUGGCCUCUCCAGCAUCCCCCAAGACAGCAAAAACGGGCAAACCAACGUCUGAAAAGUCUGCGGCCCCAGCAAAUAUAGCCCCUGCUCCAGCUCCGCCCGCCGCCGCACAAGCAGGUGGAAGUAGCGCAAAGGAGAAGGAGAAGGAGAUGGAAAAGGAUGCAGGCAGCGAGAAAGACAAGGAGAAGGAAAAGGAGAAGCCAAAGGAAGGCGGCGGUGGCCAUCCUCAACAGUCUGUUAAGGAUACGAUGCCCAUCGAGGAUCUGUCUCUUCCCAAGUCCAUUAUCACUCGACUAGCCAAGGGUGUGCUGCCCUCAAACACCCAAAUCCAAGCAAAUGCCAUCCUGGCCAUGACCAAGAGCGCUACCGUCUUCAUCAGCCAUUUGGCCAAUGCGUCUAACGAGAUCACCCUGGCACAAAACAAAAAGACUAUAAUGCCACAGGAUGUCCUAAAAGCUCUCGACGACAUCGAGUUUGGCUUCAUGAAGGAACAACUCGAAAUAGAAUAUGAAAAAUUCAACCAGACUCAGGCCUCAAAGCGCUCUUCAUACCGGAAGAAGGUCGCAGCCGCCAAGAAGGGGACAGGGGCGGACGCCUCCGUGCUCAGCGCGGGCGGCGAGGAGGGCGAUACCACGAUGGCUAGUACCAAAUCGGCGGCAACCGACGACGAGCCAUCGGCGCCACGCUCCAAGAAGCAGAAGAUUGCGGCGGCAGGCGCGGCGGCCGCAACAGGAGCAGCCGUCGCCGCGGGUGCUUCCUCGUCCAGGAUGGACGUUGAUGAUGACGAGGAAGGCGAGGACGAGGACGAGGACGAAGUGCAGGAAGACGAGGAAGACGAAGACGACGAGCAAGGAGAGGACGAGGAGGAAGAAGAGGAAGAAGAGGACGAGGGCGAGGAGGAGAGGGAGGAUGGCGAGGACGGGUCUGAUGUCCCAGAGGAAGAGGACGAAGCGCUCGACGACGCCAACGACAGCGAGUAGGCGUUCCUUUGAUAUCAUCGACUUGCUUUGUAUGAGAUCAGCGUUUGGGGGGUUAGACGAGGACUACGUCAUUCGGUCCCAUUGCUCUCUGAAUAUGUAGAUAAGCGAUAGCUGUGAUAGAAUAGGGGAUACCCAUGGAUACCUAUGUUUUCGUCAAUACCGAACGGUAUAAUACAAUGGGCACCAGAAUGUUGGUGAGGGGAAAUUGAAUCCCAAGACAGGCAGUGAGGCGCCUGGGUACCUACCUGGUGUAGAUGUGAUAUGGAAUCGACAAGCAAUGGUAAACCGGAAAAUAAAAUGAACAAAACAUAGUUU